AUGGCUCCCCUGCGCGGCCUGGCUCCACCGCGCGGUCUGGCUUCCCUGCGCGGCCUGGCUCCCCUGCGUGGUCUGGCUGCCUUGUGCUCCAUGGCUCCCCUGCGCGGCCUGGCUUCCCUGCGCGGUCUGGCUCCCCUGCGCGGUCUGGCUCCCCUGUGUAGCCCGGCUUCCCUGCGUGGCCUGGCUUCCCUGCGCGGUCUGGCUUCCCUGCGCAGUCUGGCUACCCUGCGCGGCCUGGCUUCCCUGUGUAGCCCGGCUUCCCUGCGCGGUCUGGUUACCCUGCGCGGCCUGGCUCCCCUGCGGGACCUGCGCGGCCUGCCAUGCAGCCAACUGGUCGACAAAUGGCAUCACCAGCCAGAUAUACCAUACCACCAACUCCCCGACCUCCCGCGGCACAUAUCGAUGGAUGAUCUUCACAUCAUUACUAGCAUGGAACCCCUUAUGAUAUGCCGUCACAAACCUCUGGGGCCCGGGCCGGCUGCCCUGCUGUCACAUGCACCAUAA